AUGCUACAGAUUGAGAGCGGCCAAACGCAGCAUAAUCUAUACGUGGACAACGUCAUGAAGCCAACAUCUCCUUGGCCUUCAAUUACCGAACCUGGCCUUGUUGCAUACCUUGGCGAUUCUUCUCAUGCAACUUUGCUCACCCACCAAGAGCAGAACUCGGGAAAUGCUAUUCAUUAUCUGCUGCCUGACAGCAGUCGAGGUACAAAAGCCAACCGUACUAAAAGCGAUGAUGUCGAGAACCAGAUACUGGAACAGCGAGGAGCCUUUCUCCUCCCUCCGCGGUCACUUGCUGAUAAACUUGUCGAAUCCUACUUCGCAUGGGUUCAUCCCAUGAUACCAGUCAUCAACCGUACUCGCUUUAUGUCCCAAUAUCGGGAUCCUGACGACCCACCUUCCAUACUGCUUGUUCAAUGUGUUCUCCUCACCGGGAGCCAUAUUUACAGGGCUGAACACCUUGAGAAUGCUACUGCAGAAGUUUCUGCCUCCGCCUUUUACAAACGAGCCAAAGCUCUGUAUGAUGCCAACUACGAAGAUGAUCGUCUAGUUAUAAUCCAGUCAUUGAUACUCCUAGGCUGGUAUCAAGGAGGUUCGGCGGACGCGGUGGAGAGUCUCGGCGACUGGACCCGUCUGGCGAUUGCCGUGGCGCAAGGCUGUGGCCUACACCGCUGUGUCGAUGGAUCUCAGCUAAGCGCUGUUGACAAAAGUAUGCGUAAGCGCAUAUGGUGGACUCUUUUCACCCGAGACAGGUUUACUGCAAUGUCCUUUGGCCGAGCUCCUUGCAUUAAUCUCAAGGAUUCGGAUGUAGCGAUGAUAAGUGCGCAAGACUUUGCCGAGCAUAAUUCGCGCAGCGACUCCAAGUAUUCUCUCACACCAGCGCAGGUCCAGUACUAUUUGGAAUGCGUUAAGCUUUGCCAGGCUAUUGGUUGCAUCUUGUCACGGCACUACUCGGCUACAGCUCUCCUAUCUUCGGGAGCCAGAGAGCGCCUUAUCCCCAGACCUCUCAGUCUGAUUCGUCAGAUUCUGUAG